AUGGUGACUCUGUUGCUCUCUCUGCAUCAUCUUCUUCCUUUCCUAACCUCCGCAUUUUAUUUGUCCACAGCCGUAAUCUCGUCCACCGACGUGACGACGAAGCCUUCACGUUUGGUGACUAAGCUCAUCCAUCGCAACUCUUAUCUACAUCCACUCUACGACCCAAAUGAAACAGUCGAAGAUCGCUCAAAGAGAGAGGAGACAAGUUCAACCGAACGCUUUGCUUAUCUCGAAUCCAAGAUUAAAGAAUUGAACUCUGUUGGUGGCAAUGAGGCUCGAGCAAACCUCAUCCCUUUCAAUCAAGGUAGUGGAUUUCUCGUUAAUUUCUCAAUCGGUCAGCCACCCGUGACGCAGCUUGCGGUGGUCGACACCGGUAGCUCCCUCUUGUGGGUGCAAUGUUUGCCUUGUGUCAACUGUUUUAGGCAAUCUGGGUCAUGGUUUGAUCCUCUAAAGUCAUGGAGCUUCAAAAUAUUGGACUGUGACUUUCCUGGCCAUAACUACGUUCGUGGCUACAAAUGCAAUGACUUUCAUCAAGCUGAGUACAAAUUGAGGUACCUUGGAGGAGAUACUUCAGAAGGAAUUCUUGCUAAGGAAUCACUUCUCUUUGAGACACCCGAUGAAGGUAAAAUCAGAAAGGCGAAUUUAACAUUCGGGUGUGGCCAUAUGAACACCAAAACCAACAGAGACGACACCUACAAUGGCGUCUUUGGGCUCGGCGGCUAUCCCCACAUAACAAUGGCCACUCAACUCGGCAACAAAUUCUCGUAUUGCAUCGGCGACAUCACCGAUCCUCUCUACGCCCACAACCACCUUUUUCUGGGCCACGGCGCUUUCAUCGAAGGCGACUCCACCCCUCUUCAAAUCAUCUUCGGCCAUUACUACGUCUCUCUGGAGGGCAUCAGCGUUGGAUCCAAGAGGCUCAAAAUCGACCCAAAUGCCUUCCAAAUGACUUCAGACGGCAGAGGCGGCGUUCUCAUCGACUCUGGAAUGACGUACACCAAGCUCACCAAUGGCGGAUUUGAGCUUCUUUUCGACGAGAUUGCGGAUCUCAUGAAGGGGGUUUUGGAGCGCAUCCCGACGAGGAGGAAAUUCGAGGGGCUGUGUUACAAGGGAGUUGUGGGUCGAGAUCUUGUUGGGCUGCCGCCGGUGACGUUCCAUUUCGCCGGCGGCGCCGAUUUGGUGCUGGAGUCUGGGAGUUUGUUCCGGCAGCACGGUGGGGAUCGGUUCUGUUUGGCGGUUUUGCCGAGCAAUUCCGAGAUGAUGAAUCUGUCUGUGAUUGGGGUUUUGGCUCAACAGAACUAUAAUGUGGGUUUUGAUCUUGAACAGAUGAAGGUUUUCUUCCGUAGGAUUGAUUGUCAGCUUCUUGGCGACUAACUUCGUUGCUGCAGCUUUACAAAGUUGGUUCAGAAUGUUCAGUUGAGGGCUGGUGUUCACAAACUUCAUAUUUCAUCAAUGCCCAAAAUCAAAUAUAUGUUUUUCAAAUUUAGUACCUAUGGUUUAAAAAGUCAGUUUAGUAUCUUAUGUUUUAAGAUUCUUAUCAAGAGGUAUAUAGUAGAAAGAGGGUAAGAGAGGCUCGGAGAGCAACCCGUUGGCUAGAACGGGGUUAGAAUAGCAAGAUGCAGAAUGUAGGUGUACAUUGAGUCUGGUUUGGUUAUUGGUCAAAAUGAAACUAUAUCCUGCCAAAACGUCACGAGUACAUCAUAUAACAAGAAGGUGUUUCUA